AUGAAGAUUCAAAUUCUCGUAACUCUUUUUAUAAUUUCUAUUAACUAUGUUUGUGCUGAGAAUCAAAGCCGAUAUUCGAUACUUGCCGAAGCUCUUGAAGAAUAUUUAUCAUCAAGAGCUUCAACAAGAACUGCGAGUCUCACUUUGGAACGAGAUGGAGAUAAUUUUCAAGCUACUUAUGAAGUGAAAGACUUUUUGGAUGAAUUUUUGAAAAAGAAAUUUACAAUUCCAAAGAUUGGCAUUCGAAUUGAAACUUUUGCAGUUCCAACAGAACACAAAAGAGUUUUUCAAACAUUUAUUGUAUCAUCUUAUGAAGGAUUAUCAAGGAUUCUUAAUGAGAGAUCAUUGAAGGACAUUCUACUUAAUGGACAUUUCUUAAUAAUUUUACCAAAAUGCGAAAAUCAUGAUUUCGAAAAAGUCAGAGAGUUGAAUAGUGAAGAUUUGCCGGAAUUUCUUAAGGAAAUACGGACGAAUCCAAAUUUUAAAGCCGCCUACGCUGAUGCAUUAUUACAAAGAUAUCUCAAUUUCAAGAACUCAGAUGAAUCUCAACACAUUUGCAAGGAAGCUUUUGCGACUAACUUGCCAGUUGUGAUUUACUCAUUGACAGAUUUUUAUCUCUUGAAUGCUUUGAAUGAGAAAAUACUUGAAAUGAUUAAAGCAGGUUUGAUCGAUCAGUGGAAACGUGAAAGCUUUCGUCAGAAUGUUCGACAUGUACAAGAAUCUAUUGAACCAAAAGUUUUAACAGUGGAUGAUUUAGAAGGCAGCUUCUUAAUUCUCAUGUUUGGAUGUUUGCUAGGCUUUAUUGCUUUCCUUUGUGAAAAGUUUUUAUUGUAG